UGCUUCCAGCCAGUCUAAGAAAUCAACACACAAUCAAAAUGAAGUUCAUCGCUAUUAUCGCCACCGUGUGCCUGCUGGCCACAUCCGUUGCCGCCGAGAAGAGGCAGACCGUGGGCUCAGCCUACGGCGGUGGAUACGAGAAGCCGGCAGCAGCUCCAUCCUACUCUGCCCCCGCAGCUGCUCCGGCGUACGCUGCCGCACCCGCUGCCCCUGCCUACGCAGCCCCCGCUCCGGUUUCCAUUCCGGCCCCACCUUGCCCAAAGAACUAUCUGUUCAGCUGCCAGCCCAACCUGGCUCCUGUCCCAUGCAGUGCUCCGGCACCAAGCUACGGAUCCGCGGGCGCCUACUCGCAGUACGCCCCCGUCUACGCACCCCAUCCCGUCCACUGGUGAUGAGAUCAUGAGCAUCCACAAGCAUUCAAGAGCAGAAAAUGGCAAAAAUAAAUAAAAGUUGUAUUUUGCAACAUAAAA